AGUGGGAUGGCGGGUGAAGAAAAACAGAGGGAUGCCUGCCUUACAUGUCGCGGCCUCGCCUGCCUUCCAGGAAACGGCGGGUGAUGCUCGCACCGACUCCGCUUGCAUCAGGCAGAAGGGAGAGCCCCUCGACGUCACGCCGACGUCACCGCCCCGCCAGCCAAUGGGAGAGCACCACGUCCGGAGCCAUUCCAAUGACGGACUGCCACGACGGAGUUCCGUAGGAGGCAUUGCGUGGAGCUGACCCCAUCCCGAAGGGAUGGAAGAAGGGACGGUGAAAAAGCGGGUCGCGAUCCCUCCACCCGAUCAGAAACGUUCGAGGCCUUGGUCAGGCGAGUCUCAGAGAUGAAGACGAUCUUGAUCGUGCCGAAGGGGCCUUCGUGCCCCGUCCGAGUGGUGGAAUUCCCGUCGUCUCCCGUCGUGAAGAGAGAGAUCGAGGACGAGGAGAUGGAGUGCCCGAGGAGGAAAAAGGUGAAACUGGAUCACUUGUCCUCAGAGGAGAAGAUGAUGAGGAGGAAGAUGAAGAAUCGGGCGGCCGCUCAGAGCGCCCGGGAUCGAAAGAAGGCGAGAAUGGAAGAAUUGGAGUGUUUAGUCAAGAUUCUCGAGGAACAGCAUUCCAAGCUUGCAGCCGAGAACAAAAUCCUGAGGCUGCAGAACGAGGCAUUAGAAGAGGAGAACGCGGAGUUGAGGAGGUCCCUGGGAAUGGAUGGGACGACGCCCAUUGGUCCUGCAGAGUCCAUUAAUGCUCCCCUGCCGAGGGAACAGGGUGUCAAGUCCCAGACCGUUCUCAAUGCUCUCUUCCUCCAACUCUUGUGCUUGAUGCAGACCAAAGGAAGCGUCUCGAGCUCCUCGCUGCCGCCUCUCUCGAGGUCAGAAAAGGAUGGUGUUGAUGUUGGACGAGGAGGAGGAGAUGGGAGUGAAAUUGGAGGAACCAAUAUUGACGACCUCCUGCAAGCCACGUUGGUGGGGACCACAUCAGCAAUCUUGGAACCCAGUAAUUCCGAAGGAGGAAGCGGACGACUGAGCGAGACGUCCGACCACAUGUACGCAAGGGAGGGAAAACAGUGCAAACUGGACUCCACAUGGUUGUUGGACGAUUCCAACGCGGGUGACCUGGACCUAUUGUCCGAAAUCCUGCAGUUGAGUGAAGAGGACACGAAAGCGUUGAAAGAUCCCAUGUCGCCCUAUUCAGAGAACUGCACCUCUGCAUCACCUCUCUCACCCUGCUCCGGCUACGAAAGCUUCUCCUCUCCCGACUCUCUGUCUGAUUGCUGUAGCGACCUGGACGAUCUAUUCCCUAAUUUAUUGUGAAGCGUGAUUGCCGUGUUUUGGUGCACAGUGUGUGGGGAAGUCUCCUGUAUUCCUGUUGUUAAUGGAAUAUUAUUCCAUAUUAUUAAAUUUGGUUUGUGCUGCAAA